GCCCUGCAGUCCGACAGCUCGGAGUGUGAUCGGUGAGGAGCCAGCAGCAGCUUUACAGAAGCGUGGUGGAAAGAACGCUCGACAGAGGAAGUCGCCGACUCUCAGCUGGCCUUUCGCUUGUUGUGACGAACCAUACCAUCGUCUUUUCAUUAUAAGACCCCUAGUGAGAAUACUGUAUCAUGGAUGAGCUACAGGAUGUUCAGCUUACAGAGAUUAAACCUCUACUAAAUGAAAAAAAUGCACGUAAUUUCCAGGAUUUUGACUGCCAGGAACAUGACAUUGAGACACCAUAUGGGGUACUUCAUGUUACUAUGCGGGGAACUCCAAAGGGAAACCGGCCUGUCAUCCUCACAUACCACGAUAUCGGACUUAAUCAUAAAUCCUGCUUUAACACAUUGUUUAAUUAUGAAGAUAUGCAGGAAAUAACACAGCACUUUGCGGUAGUACAUGUAGAUGCUCCUGGACAGCAAGAAGGCGCACCUGCAUUUCCUACAGGGUAUCAGUACCCAUCUAUGGAUGACUUGGCUGAUAUGUUGCCUUUUGUUUUAACACACCUAAAUUUGAACAGUGUAAUUGGGAUUGGAGUUGGAGCUGGAGCUUACAUUUUAGCUAGACUUGCAUUGACUAAUCCAGAAUUGGUUGAGGCUUUGGUGCUUAUCAACGUUGACCCUUGUGCGAAGGGCUGGAUUGACUGGGCAGCAUCAAAGGUUUCUGGAUGGACAACCAAUUUGGUUGAUCUUGUGCUUGCUCAUCACUUUGGCCAUGAGGAACUUCAGGCAAAUCAAGAACUGAUCCAGACAUACCGCCUUCAUAUUUCACAGGACAUAAAUCAAGAGAACUUGCAGCUGUUCUUCACUUCAUACAACAGUCGUAGAGACCUUGAAAUUGAAAGACCUGUGCCUGGCAUCAAUGAUACAGUGGUGAACACUCUCAAGUGUCCAGCUCUGUUAGUUGUUGGGGACACUUCUCCAGCUGUUGAGGCAGUGGUUGAAUGCAAUUCUAGACUAAGCCCAACAAAAACUACUUUUUUAAAGAUGGCAGAUUGUGGAGGAUUGCCUCAAGUGGUACAACCUGGAAAACUAGCAGAGGCCUUUAAAUAUUUUGUGCAAGGGAUGGGCUACAUCCCUUAUGUUCAACUCAGCCAUUUGAACAACGAAUCAGUGCCUACAGCAAGCAUGACUCGUCUGAUGCGUUCCCGCACACACUCUGCAUCGAGCGCAGGCUCUGGUGAAGGAGCUCGCAGCCGCACACACACGAGCAACCAGGUGGAAGCAGCAUCUGCCACAUCAGCUGCCACUGAAAAUCAGGCUCAUCCCCAGACAAUGGAGGUGUCCUGUUAAGUCCACAACUCGGCUUGUUUUCCAUCAACUCUACACCCUGGAAAAAGGAAGAAGAAGAAGAAAAAAAAAAUAAUAACCCAGUGUAACCAUUCAUGAAAUUUGACAUCAGUAUGCAAUACUCCUCAUCACAUUACUUUGUGGAUACUGAACAAAUGCACAUCCAGCAGUCUCCCCAUAUAAAUAUAUAUGCAUGCUUCUCAUUAGCACUUUGCCACUAAUUACGCUUCCGUGGGGUCUCAGGGUGUUGCACAUUGUGGUCAGCCCUCCCCUCUCCUUCCAUUAUUAUUAUUUUUUUAUUUUUUUUGUAAAGAUAAGCCCAAAACUUCAGUAAGAGUUCUCACUGCAUUUAAAUGGAUUCCCCUAAUAAUUAUCUAUAUUCAGAAAUUAAAUGUACAGUGCAGUUUCAUUCAUUGGACUGAAUAGUUGUCAUUUGUAUAUUACUUAACCGCUUUCCUUCAUGGCAGACUAGUGUGACGUAGUAUUACAGCUGGUUUUAUGGAACAUUGAACCUGUUACGAUUGGUGAGAAAACUGAGAUUAUUUUAGGAGAAAAAAAAUGUGGUUGCAAUUGUUGUGUUUUUGAGGAGCUUAGUUUCAAUUUUACUUUUUAUUUAUUUUUUUGAAAGUAAUGUAAGCAUUACUUUUACAAUCCAGGAUUUGCACCCGAUUUAAAAAUACCUAAUAGAUUUGGAAUUGUUUUAAGUGUGACAUAUGUCAAGAUUGGUAAAACCAUUAUUUUCCAGUGCACUUACUUUCAUUCUUUUUCGUGAAAUUUGAAACUGUCUAUUUAUUGAAUCAGAAUUUGGGGGCACGUCUUUUACAGGCUUGAGUACAUAAAGUAAAAUAUCUAUGCUAAGCUUCACGCGCUAAGACAACAGAGCCAAUAACGAACGCUUCUUGGACGGCAGAAGGUAACCAUAAAACACCCUGUUAAUUCCAUGGAAAAACCUCGGAUUGCAUUUUGUGUCUGCUCUUCAGAAGAACCGGCUUCACAUUCCAGUGUCUGCUUGAGCACGUUAGCUAAUUAAAUGUCACCACCAAUACGUCAGAUUUCAGAGAGGAUUUCACAAGUUUUGCUGAGGGAGGGAUUUAUGGAUGUAUAUUUAGGCAUGUAAUAACUGUAUCCUUUUAUGUACUCGACGUAAUGAUUGUUAGUGCCUCCUAGGAAGGUAAAUCUUACUAAGAAACCAAACAGAUGCUAUUGUGUUAAAAUGUGAGCCCUUAAGCAUGUUGCUGCGUAUUAUUCCAUAGUACAGAUACAAGGAAAAGGUUAAUAUGUUUUUAAGUUUUAUGAAAAUAGUUAUAAAAGUGAUACUUAAACUAUUUAAAUGUACUCUGCUUGUCUGUAAUGUGCUUUCAAAGCUUUGGAUUGUAUUAAGUUUUGGCAGCUUUCUAAUUCCAUGUUUGUGGGUUUUGUUCUUUUUUUUGUUUUGUUUUGAUUUUUUUGUUUGUUUUUUGGUAAAUAAUUUUAGUGUUUUGAAAGUCCCAAACACAUUUGGGUCCUUUAGAAUAUUAAAGUGUGUAAGGAAUUAUUUUCACAAUGGUUAACAGGACCUUCAAACUAAUGCACCAUCUUGGGUUUGUUGUUGUGUACCUCUAAAUCCUGUUCAUGUGCAAUCUUCACUGCUGUGUCUGGUUGUAGAGUAAAGUCUGGAUCUGUGUGCUAUGAUGAUGCAAGAGUGUUCUCUUCACAAAGCAGAACAUCAUCUGUUACUGUCUGCUCAUAUUAUCAAUUUGUACUGAUUAUUAAAUAAAACUAGAAGCUGUAACUCA